CUCAGUUCAGUCACAACUCAUAUUGCCUUUAAGGCAAGAAGGGGAUAAAAAAACAACUAAUUUUGUGACAUCUUGAUAGUCGCACCUUUUACAUAAAGCUCAAAGUUCCUGGAAUUACCUCUAUGGUGUAUUUCUCUAGUUGUGAUAUUUUUAAUUUUCAUAGAUACUGUUGUUUAUAGUGUCUUUUAUAAUAGCAAUGAAAAAUUCUUUAGUAUUGCGUGCUGCUCAAGCCCUGAAACCCCACAUACCCUUAAUCAAAUUCAGAAAAGGUCAACAUGUGGUUAAUACUCCAGCAAAACCUCCUGUUUCCCAAGGAACUCCAGCAUCAGCGCAGGGCCAGCAGUAUUAUAUCAUUUCAGAAGAACAACUUCCAUUGCGUUUCAGGCGUCAACUAUUAGAUGAACGACAAAUUAAUGUUAUUAAUAGUGGAGGUUGUGAAUGAACUAUUAACUCAUUGGUUUUAAUAGUAAAAGUUAAAAAUAGCCUAAGUUAUUUUAGGUGUCUGUUUGUAUUCGUCUAGAUGCAUUGAUGUUAAGCCUUUUAAACCCAUUGGAAUGCUACCGAAGGGUGCUUAAUCUACAAUUACAAUCAUACAUGUAAUAAAUAAGAUAUUUCCCUUGUGUGAUUUGUAUAGCUUUAAUUUGAACUAUACAUUUUUGUUUUGUUUUUUAAAGAAAAAGAAUCCAGUAUUCAGAAUUAUUGAACUGUGAUAUUUCUAACUGACACACCUUUAUCCUGGUUACAUGCACCUUCUAUUAUUUAUUAUCUCAACAUUUUUAAUUACUUGUUUUACAAAAUUAAUUAAGAUUAAAAGUUUCUGUAUCAAUAUGCACAACUUAUGUUAUAUGCGGAAUGGCUUCCAUUGCUAAAAUAACAUGUCAUUUAUCAUUUUUCUGUUGAUAUGUUAAAUAUCAUUUAUUGAAGGAAGUUAGUCGACUGUUCUACAAAUCAUGGGUGAUAAAUAUUCAGGACACAGUAAUUUUUAAAGUUUUUAUUAGUGCCAAAAUUUCAACCUAAACAUGUGGUUUAUCAUCAGGGCGUGUUUCGAGUACUGAAGGUAUUCAAGUACUCAGGUCGACACUAAUAAAAACCUUAAAAAUGACUUUGUUCUAACUAUUUAUCACCCAUAAAUAUCAUUUAAUUUCUUGAAUUUCAUGGUAAGACUAUUUAUUUGACCGUUAUCAGCUGCUUAAUCGUAAACAUGUGAAUGAUAUAAUUAUGCAUUAUUAGUUAUCUAUUGCUGUUUUGUUUAAAGAAUAAUUUUUCUGAAAAUCAAUUUAGAACCUUGUAAUUUGUUGAAGUUGAGGUAUCAAACAACAAAUUUUCAUUAAAUUUAUUUUUUCAAUUUUUCUAUCUCUUUCUUGAAAUUGACGUGUAAAUAGAAAUGUUUAACUAAUAUUCAAUGUUUGAUGUUGUCUGAGGUGGCUAUUCCUUUGUGACCUUUGUCUCUCGGGCAAAAAGGAGAUGAGAGAAAGAAGAAUAUUCAAUUAUUGUUGAAUCAGCAUAUCUUGUUGAAGAAAUAUCUUCAACUUUAAAAAUGCAAUUUGUCUACUAAGUAGUAGAUCUAGUUUGUGUAAAUAGUAGGUUCAGGAAAUAUGUGAUCACAUAAUUUCUUUAAAAUAUAGUAUUUUGUGUGUAUAAAAUAAGACCAGAUUUAAUUUGCAUUACUCUUUUAAUUAUUAAAAUGGGUAUGUUUAUUUUCAUAUGAUUACAUAGGCUAAAAAAUUUCUUAAAAAUAACAUGCUGUUAAAAUAAAUGUUAUUGAAUAAUUUACAUUUAUAAAAGUUAAGAUUUUAAUAAUUAUAAAAGAGCUAUUUAUGAGGAAUAAUUUAUUUCUAUAGUUAAUAAUUUUUUCAAAGUUCAGUUGGUUUAUUAAUUUAUAAUGAGCAAUCAGUCCAACCAUGAACUAAAUAAUUUUAUCUGUUAAUCAUUAGAGAACUGAAUUAAAUAAGAACCGAGAAAAUUAAAAUUUUAUUUAGUUUAGAAAUUUCAUUUUGUUUCCAAUAAAUAAUAUUAGUUUUCAG